CUCAGUACAAUUGAAUUGCCUGGGGAAACCCAGAAACUGAUGGUGUUCUGGUGCUACUGCCAAUCCCUUCUAUAUAAAAAAAAUUCAUUUCAGGAAGGAGCAACAUCAUCUGACAGAUAUCAAGAGUUGAUCCAGGAAGCCCCUGCAGGAUGGAGCUCAGCCCCCAAUGCACGUGGGCUUUGCCUGCCCUCUGGCACAGAAGCCCCCCUUUGUGACACGUGGUGACAGAGGAGCUGGCCACAGCGACAGGUCCACGCCACAGUGCUCGGUGCACGCGACGGGACAGGACGCGCCAGAGCGGUGCUGUGAGGAGCCCCAGCACAGCGCACUCGUUUGUGUCUGACCCGGAGCUUCUCUGAGCCGUCAUUCUUGCAGGUGACCUCGAGGCCAGACCACAGGACUUGGUGACCUGUGGCCUUGCCGAGGCUUCUUUUCUUAAGGUGCCCUCGAGGGCAGACUGUGGGACCUGGUGACCUGGAGCUUUUCCGAGGCAUCGCCCAUCCCUGCAGUCACUGCCCUUGAGACCAGGGCACAAUCCUUGACGAGGAGCCUCCUGUCCUUGUGGCAGGAGCCCUCAAGACCCGAGUGCAGGAUUUGCUGUCCUGCAGUCUUGACAGAACUUGAGUCUUGCAGGUGCCUUCCAGGCACAACUGCAGGACUUGCUGCCUCAGAGCUUUUCUGAGGCAUCUCUCUUGCAAGUACGAUAAAUCCAGGCACUGCCAUGGAGCAGCGACCCCCAAGAGUUCCCAAGCUGGCCUGGGUGGAGGAGGAGGAGAAGGAAGAAGAAGGCCCUGGAGCUGCCCCAGAAGUAGAGACCGAAGAGGUGCAGGAGUUCCAGCCGCUGGAGGAGGGAUGGGAGAGUGUUGGAAAAGAUCUGGAGCAGCGACCCCCAAGAGUGCCCAAGCUGGCCUGGGUGGAGGAGGAGGAAGAGGAAGAAGGCCCUGAAGCUGAUCCAGAACUGGAGACGGAAGAGGUGCAGCAGUUCCAGCCAAUGCAGGAAGAUGCAGCCAUGGACCAGACACAAGAGCAGGACCUUGCCUGUGGCCUCUUCCAUGGAACAGCACAGGAAGAGACCAGCGUCAUGGGCACUGGGUCCAUGGAAGACGGUGACGUCUACACCAGCGACACCAAUGCUGCCAUGCUGGAAUUCAUUUUGGAGGAGGGUGUUUCCAUUCCAGAGCAAGUGCCUGCCGUGGAAGAGGCCACAGGCACCAGUGGCUCAUGGCCAAUGAGUCUGCUGACUCCAGGCUGGGCAGGACCCUGCUGGAUCUGA